AUGGAACUUCUACAGCGAGGCGGUUUCCGUUUGCGGAAGUGGGUUAGCAAUUCCCUCGAAGUACUCUCAGCGAUUCCUGGAGAACUCCAAGGCACACGAUCCCCCAUGCAGUUUGAUCCUGAAGAAACAAUAAAAACUCUCGGGAUCUGCUGGGAACCGGAAACUGACACACUUUGCUUCAACGUUUCCGUCAACCCGAAGAAUUCGGUGCCAACUAAAAGGGAAAUUUCGUCGACGAUUGCCCAGCUCUCUGGCUGGGACGAUGAAAUUACCCCAGAUCUUCACCAGUAUAACACGUUUGCGGACGCGUCAAAGGAUGCAUAUGGAGCAUGCCUUUACAUCCGCUCGGAAGACGCCAACGGCAACGUCAAAGUAAAUCUGCUGACUUCUAAAUCCAAGGUGACCCCGCUUAAAUCGAUCAGCAUUCCACGACUCGAGCUAUGCGCAGCUAUUCUCGCAUCCCGUUUGUUCGAAAAGGUAGUGGCUGCCUUGAACCCGAGUUCCUCUCAGAAUUAUUUUUGGUCCGAUUCCACGGUAGUCCUGCAAUGGAUGAAGUCUCCACCGCGGACUUGGAAAACGUUUGUUGCGAAUCGCAUUUUCGAGAUACAAGCUACAACCCAUGGGUCCCUAUGGCUGCACGUUGCAGGGACCGAAAAUCCCGCCGAUCUGCUGUCCCGCGGCUUGUCUGCUGACGAAUUAAUUACCUGCAAAAAGUGGCUUCACGGACCAAGCUGGUUGCACAAACCUAAAGGAAGUUGGCCUAUACAAAAUUUCCCUAGCGCCGGGAUCCCAAUGGAAGAGUUGGAGCAGCGCCCUGCAACUGUUCUCACCCUUCAAGCUUCUGCACCACACGAACUUUUCCUGCGAUUCUCGUCAUACAACAUGUUGAUAAAUGUAGUGGGAUUUGCGUUUCGCUUCAUCCAUAAUGCUCGACCGAAGAACACUCGAAUCUCUGGCCGAGUGCUUCUCGUCCCAGAAUUGCACGCUGCUAAAAUGUUCCUGGAGAGAUUGGUGCAAGCUGAAGUAUUCCCCGGUGAGCUCUGCGCAAAGAGCAAUCCGUAUCAAAAAAUUCCAAGCUCCGGCUCCUCUGCCCGUUCUUGGAUUCCGAAGGCGUAA